AUUCACACACCACACAUACUCACUCACAACACACACACACACACACACGCUCUGUCUCUCUCUCUCUCUCUCUUGGCAGUUACUUCCUUAUAAUCCUUGAUCUUUCAAUUCCCCUGCCUUGAGGCUUCAAGUCAAGAGCGAAAGCAUUAGGUAGGUUGGAGAAUCAGAAUCGAUUAAGAGGAGAGAAGGAGAUCAGAAUCAGCUGCACGAUGGCGCAGAUGUUAGUCCAUGGCGAUCUUCACGCCACAAUCUACGAGAUCGACAAGCUUCACAGUGGAGGUUUCGGCAAAUUCCUUCACCAGGUGGUGGCUGGCAUCGAGGGAGCUCUGGGGCUGGGCAACGGAUCAAAGCUAUACGCAUCGAUCGACCUGGAGCGCGCGCGGGUUGGCCGGACCCGGCUGCUCGACGCCCAGUCGAACCCCCGAUGGUACGAGUCCUUCCACAUCUACUGCGCCCACAUGGCCUCCCGCGUCUCCUUCACAAUCAAGCUCGACAACCCCAUCGGCGCCGACCUCAUCGGCCGCGCCCACAUCCCCAUCUCCGACCUCCUCCGCGGCGACGAGAUCGACCGCUGGCUCGACAUCCUCGACGACCGCGACCACCCCAUCCACGGCCACCCCAAGCUCCACGUCAAGCUCCAUUUCUUCGACGUCGCCCGUCACCCUUGCUGGGCUCGCGGCCUCAAGAGCCCUAACUUCCCCGGCGUUCCCUACACGUUCUUCCCACAAAGGAAGGGCUGCAAAGUGACGUUGUACCAAGACGCGCAUGUCCCCGACAACUUCGUCCCGCCGAUCCAACUCUCCGGCGGCGACCGCUAUCAGCCGCACCGGUGCUGGGAGGACGUGUUCGAUGCAAUUAUGAAUGCUAAGCAUUUGGUGUACGUUGCCGGCUGGUCGGUGUAUACGGAGAUCACGUUGGUUAGGGACACGAGGAGGCCGAUGCCCGGCGGAGAUAUGACGUUGGGAGAGUUGCUUAAGAAGAAGGCCUCCGAAGGAGUUCGGGUUCUGAUGUUGGUUUGGGAUGAUCGAACUUCAGUUAAUUUGCUUAAGCAAGACGGGUUGAUGGCAACUCAUGAUGAAGAGACGGGGAACUAUUUCCGCAAUACUGAGGUACAUUGUGUGUUAUGCCCUCGCAAUCCCGACGAUGGCCGGAGCAUUGUCCAGAACAUCGAGAUCAGCACGAUGUUCACGCACCAUCAAAAGAUUGUGGUGGUGGACACAGCAAUGCCCAACGGCAAUAAGGAGCGCCGCCGGAUCAUGAGCUUUGUUGGCGGCAUUGAUCUCUGCGAUGGAAGGUACGACACACAAUUCCAUUCCCUUUUCCGGACCUUAUCCACCGCGCACCACGACGAUUUCCAUCAAGCAAAUUACGAAGGCGCAACAAUACGAAAAGGAGGGCCGAGGGAGCCAUGGCACGACAUCCAUUGCAAGUUAGAAGGGCCUGCGGCUUGGGACGUUCUCUACAACUUCGAGCAACGGUGGAGGAAACAAGGAGGCAAGGAUUUACUCUUGGAGCUUCACGAGCUUCAUCGAAUCAUCGUUCCUCCAUCCUCCGUCAUGUUCCCGGAGGACCACGAGACGUGGAAUGUUCAAGUUUUUCGUUCCAUUGACGGGGGAGCGGCAUUUGGCUUCCCCGAUGCACCGGAGGAAGCAGCUAAAUCCGGGCUAGUUAGUGGCAAGGACAACAUCAUCGACCGGAGCAUUCAAGACGCGUACAUCCAUGCCAUUCGUCGCGCCAAUAGAUUUAUCUACAUCGAAAAUCAAUACUUCUUGGGAAGCUCAUUUGCGUGGAAUUCAAGCGACAUCAACGACCCCGACAUCGGUGCUCUGCAUGUUAUUCCGAAAGAACUUUCCUUGAAGAUCGUGAGCAAGAUCGAAGCGGGAGAACCGUUUAGAGUCUAUAUAGUGAUCCCGAUGUGGCCGGAGGGCUAUCCGGAGACGGCCUCGGUCCAAGCUAUAUUGAAUUGGCAAAAGAGGACAAUGGAGAUGAUGUACAAAGACAUAGUUCAAACCCUCAAAGUGAAGGGCAUCGUCGCGAACCCUAAGGAUUAUUUAUCAUUCUAUUGUCUAGGUAACAGAGAGGUGAAGAAGAGCGGCGAAUAUGAGCCAUCGGAGAAGCCUGACCCGGAUACAAAUUACCGUCGAGCUCAAGAAGCUCGGAGAGGAAUGAUCUACGUCCAUGCCAAGAUGAUGAUCGUGGAUGACGAAUACAUAAUCAUAGGAUCCGCGAACAUCAACCAGCGAUCCAUGGACGGUGCGCGCGACUCAGAGAUCGCAAUGGGCGCGUACCAACCACACCAUCUGUCGUGCCGACAGCCGGCGAGAGGACAAGUCCACGGAUUCCGGAUGUCAUUGUGGUACGAGCACAUGGGCAUGCUCGAUGACACCUUCUGUCACCCGGAGAACGUGAAGUGCAUUCAGAAGGUAAACAAGAUAGCCGAAACGAAUUGGGAUUUGUACACGCGGGAUGUUGUAGAAAGGGACUUGCCGGGGCAUUUGCUUAGCUAUCCAAUCGGGGUGGCGUCGGAUGGGACAGUGACAGAGCUGCCGGGGACCGAGAAUUUCCCAGACACUAAGGCUAAAGUGGUCGGCUCUUUGGGUGUCCUGCCGGCGAUCCUUACUACAUAACAACAGUUACCAUCGGAUGAGAUUGAUGAGGGAUUAAUUCAAAUGAAUAAGAUAUAUAUCAUCUAUACAUUAUGCAUGUAUUUUUAGUAAUAUUCUUGUGUGUAUUCAAUUAUGUGGUUGCCCCUGUUGAUAUUCAUCUUAUUGUAUAGUUUGAAGAACGAGUUCAUUUGUUGUAUUAAAUGGUUUGCUCUUUAUUAUUAUUAUUAUUAUUAUUA